ACAGAAGAUCACUGCCUCUCUCCAGGUAGCCCUCUCUACCUGGUAGCCAGGUUCCAAUGAUCAUUCCCUCCCUCCUUCCACGCGGGCCAGGGGUCUACUACUAGCCUCGGAGUACUGCAUCACCCUGUGGUUUCCCUACCCUCUGCCUGCACUUUUGUAAAUUGUCCCUUUAGUAAGCCUUCUCAGAUGAUCCUAAUCUGAGUAUGUCUUUAAUUUCCUGCUGGGACCCUGACUGAUACAGCCCUGGGAUUCCUGGGAUGCCCCAGUUUGCAAUCAGCAACCCCAUCAUUCCACAAGCAGUCCUGGCUCUGGGCCUGGGAAGCAUGGGCAGAACCAUGUAUCCCCACAGCCCCUACCUCUGAUCCCAGGCUGGCAUGAGACCACUCUCCACAGGCUUUUGUUCCACUCCAGCCCACUGUCCAGCCUUCCAGGGUUCCGAGUCCAAGCAGCACAGGCUGGAGCCUCAUUCCCCCAGGGCGCUCCUCCUUUGUGACUUCACCCACUGAAGUCACCUGGGAGACAAUGCUGAACAUUCCACCCCAGAGUCUUGGCCUCUAGGAGGCAGGGACAGCGGGCCGGCCAGCCCAGAGGACUCUCUGUCCACAGUGUAAAUGAGGACACCGCCCAUGUCCCGCAGGGAUGUAGAGGGCAGCCCCAGAGGCACUGGGCGCUCCCAGCACCAUGGAUGACGCUGCCGUCCUCAAGCGAAGAGGCUACAUCAUGGGGAUAAAUUUGGGGGAGGGCUCAUAUGCAAAAGUCAAGUCCGCUUACUCUGAGCGCCUGAAGUUCAAUGUGGCAGUCAAGAUCAUCGACCGCAAGAAAGCCCCAACAGACUUCUUGGAGAAAUUCCUUCCCCGGGAAAUUGAGAUUCUGGCCAUGCUAAACCACCGCUCCAUUGUCAAGACCUACGAGAUCUUCGAGACUUCUGACGGCAAGGUCUACAUCGUCAUGGAGCUCGGGGUCCAGGGUGACCUCCUCGAGUUCAUCAAAACCCGGGGAGCCCUGCACGAGGACGAUGCGCGCAAGAAGUUCCACCAGCUCUCCUCCGCCAUCAAGUACUGCCAUGACCUGGAUGUCGUCCACCGAGACCUCAAGUGCGAGAACCUUCUCCUCGACAAGGACUUCAACAUCAAGCUGUCUGACUUUGGCUUCUCCAAGCGCUGCCUGCGGGAUGACAGCGGCCGACUGACAUUGAGCAAGACCUUCUGUGGGUCCGCGGCAUACGCAGCCCCCGAAGUGCUACAGGGCAUCCCCUACCAGCCCAAGGUGUAUGACAUCUGGAGCCUGGGUGUGAUCCUCUACAUCAUGGUCUGCGGCUCCAUGCCCUACGACGACUCUAACAUUAAGAAGAUGCUGCGCAUCCAGAAGGAACACCGCGUCAACUUCCCCCGCUCCAAGCACCUGACGGGUGAGUGCAAGGACCUCAUCUACCGCAUGCUUCAGCCAGAUGUCAACCGGCGGCUGCACAUUGACGAGAUCCUCAGCCACUGCUGGGUGCAGCCCAAGGCACGAGGCCUAUCCUCUGUGGCCAUCAACAAGGAGGGGGAGAGCUCCCGGGGCACUGAGUCCUCAUGGACCCCUGACUGCACCCCUGACAAAAAGUCUGCCACCAAGCUGGAGCCACGAGAAGAGGCUGGGCCCAAGACAAGCCCUGAGGAGGAGCCAGUGGAAGUGUCGAGGCAGUCAGAGACCCUGGGCUUUGAUGGUGAGCAUAUGGCCAGUGAGCCCGAGGAGAGGGCUCCCCAGCCCCCACAGCAGCCUUCAGAGAUGCACAGCCAGUGA